AUGACGUGCUGCACGGCGCGGGCCGCCGGGGUGCCGGAGGUCGUGGCUGCUUCGCCGUGUCCAACAGAGGUCACCAAGGGCGCCGCUUUUGUGGCCGGAGCCGACUGUUUGCUGGUCGUGGGUGGUGCGCAUGCCAUUGCUGCAAUGGCCCACGGCGUCGGGGUCAAGCCGUGCGACAUCAUCGUGGGCCCUGGCAACAAGUGGGUCACCGCUGCGAAGUCCAUCGUCAACGGCAUAUGUGGGAUCGACAUGCUUGCCGGGCCCAGCGAGGUGCUCGUCCUGGCUGACAAGUCCGCGGACGCGGAGGUGAUCGCCGCCGACCUGCUCGCCCAGGCGAUGCUCCGAGCUUCCUGCGAGCGCUGGGGCUGGCCCUUGCUGCACUGCUGCGGGCGCAGCUCGCCGUGCUGCCCACCCGCGACGUGGCCAUCCCCGCGGUGCAGAAGGGCUUCGCCGUGCUGA